AUGGCUGCGGUUGUAGAACAUCUUUAUACGGCUGACUCCUCUGAAGAAGAAGAAGAAGAAGAAGAGUUCCCCAUUGAACCAUCCAACGAGGCAGUGCUCGAAUCACUGUUAUACGACAGAGAAAGCCAUAACCUUGUCCUGGUGGGAUGUGACGGUGGCAAAGUAACUGCACACCGUCAUGUACUUGCUGCGCGCUGCCCAGGCUUCAGUCGAAGCCUUGAAAGCAACCCCGAUGGCUUCACCACACAGAAAAUUGAGGAGUACCCCGCAAGUGUUUUGCAGGUAGUGGUAGAUUACGUGUACACCGGGAAAUUGAAGGAACAGGAACCAACAGAAGACAAUGGCCCUCUCAAAUGGGGCAACCAAAGGAUUCAACUCUUGAACUCAUCCCAUUUUUUUGGACUAAAACGCAUGAGAGAUGAGGUGAUGGUACAACUAACCCCCAAAACAGCUCUUCUAAUGCCAGAGGUCGCUUCUUCUGGCAGUCGUACCAACGGCACGGCAUCCAAAAUCAAGGAAUUGUCCUAUCUUCAAUUGCAAAACUUGCCGGACGAAACCAUGGCCGAAGCAAUGCCGAAAGGAGUGCUGAAUGCGCUCAGCACCCCUGUUUUGACGGAGAUUAUGGAGAACGAAUGUCUAGAAGCAACGCGCCGCUUUGAAAUUUUGUCUGUAUGGCAAGGGGCACGUAGGGAUGCUGGCGACCCUGACCUUAAGGAAACAUGCCGUGAUCUGGCCAAGAGUAUCCCGCUCCACAAGAUCCCGCCAACCAUUUUAGCAACGAAGGUGAAAAACUCUGGAUUUAUCCCAAGGGACUGGGUCUUUAAAGCAUUGGAAAAGCAGGCUCUGAACGCUGAGACGGCGUGUGGUUUCCCCUUCUUCUCCAGUCCUAAGAAGAAAAAGAGAAUCAAACUGGACACAGGAACUUGUGAGCGUUCGAUGCCUGGGCUGGACGCCUGA